GUGAUAUACUAAAAUUAUUAAUGAAAUUAAUUAUAAAAUACCAAUGAUAACUUAUUUGUGUUCUAUUCAACUUUGAACAAAAAAAUAUUAUAUAUAUGUACGGAUACUUCAACACAUGAUAUAUGAAGAUAACAACACAUUUUGCUAAAAUAAUAAUUUAAACAACAUAAAUAUAUUUGAAAUAACAUCGAUCUCCAACAAAAAGUAUAAAUAAUUCAAGAAACAUGGAUAUAAAGUCAUUAUCCUUGAAUUAAUGUUGUGUUUCUAGUUAUUUUUAUAAUUUUAAAUAAAUUAUUGGCUUGGAAUUACGGUAUGACGGUAUAACGGUAUACCGUUUAUUUCCAAAAUAUAUACCGAUAUCAUACCGAAGUAAUUCGGUACGGUAUCAUACCGUACCAAAAGUGUCGGUAUACCAAACACUUUGGUAAAUUCGGUAUUUUUCGGUAUGGUAAGUCCGGUAUACCGAAAUUUCGGUAUUUUUCCCCACCCCUAUUUAUAUCAACCAUAAAUUUAUAGUGGUGUUUUAAAUGGAAUCACAAGUCAGAUGCACUUCGUUUUUAUGGUGAGGUGAGAAGGGUGCAAGUCCGUGUAACUAUCUUUUUGUGGUGUUAAAUUUUGAUUUUUUCAACUUUGGAUUCCUCUAAAAUUCAUUGCUUGUACAUCAUUCAUUGUAUUUACUGUAUUUUUUUGAGUGAUCGAGCUUUCUAAACCAUUACGGAGUACAAUAUAGUCCCUCAGUUCUUAAAUAAAUGCAGUGGAAUUUUACACUAUUCACAUGUUCUACUUUUAUUGUGCUUUAUUUAUUAAUAUACUUUGAUUUGUUUCAUCCUAAAUUUUCAAAAUCUGAAUUUUUUGUUUUUUACCAAAAAAAGAAUUAAAUAUACUAAUGGUCAAAGUUGUGCAUCAGCAAACGCGAAAAAUUUAUUGUUGCAUUUAUUUAAGAACAGAGGUAGUAUAUUCAAUGUUAAUGUUAUAUAAAGCCAACAACAUCCUCAAAGUAUGGUUUGAUUGGAAUACAUGAUCUCCUCAUUAAGAGUGUCACAUUCGUUUCUACGAACCACAAGGCACUUGGUGUGUGUCAUUUCACUUUAUCGCUUGGGAAAUUGCCAGUUUCUAUGUAAGAGAAAUAAAUUAAUUUUUAAAAUUUAACUUCAGCAAUCAACUUAACUAUCAAAAGACUUAAUUUUGCGUACAAAAUUUAAUCGAAGAAACAAAUAAUACGAAUUUAAAAUAUUUUGAAAACAAUUUAGCUAAAAUAUAAUACUACGUAUUUUGAACUAUUCUCCUUAUAUAGUAUUAUUACGUAGUAUAUCUUUCAUUUUCAAUCUAAUCCCACUGAUAUAAUUUGUUUGCACCCCAUUUUAUUGUCAAAAUUUGAUUUUGCACCCCGUUUUAAAAAAUCUUUGUUUUAAAAAAUCUUUGUUUUUAAAACGGGGUGCAAACUCAAGGUUUAAAAAACCUCAGUGUAGUUAAACUUGUGUUGAUCUAAUUAAAUUCAAUAGUAUUGAGCCUUCAACAUGCACUACCACAUAUAGCUUCAAUAUUAUAAUUGUUCUGUCAAAGGUCUCCUUGGAAGAUUUGAACCUAUGACAAGAAAUACUUGUCUCACAUAUUUAAUGUAUAUGGAUGAAUCAGAUUUGAAGGGAUAAAAUGCAUGAAUCUGUAUGCAUGGUUUCAUAAUCUUUUUGGAUAUCUUUAUACUGGUCUUUAUGCAUGUCACUUCUCGAACAGAUAAAUCAAAUGGAUAUCUAUCACCUCUGAACUCAAUUUUUUGAAUGAUUCUCUUUUAUUUAACAGCCUUGCAUUAUCUUUAUGGAUGAGAUUGAUGCAAUUGCUGGAAGACGUUUUAGUGAAGGAACAAUUGCUGAUCGCGAGAUUCAGAGAACACUCAUGGAGUUUCUUAAUCAGAUGGACGAAUUUGAUCAGCUUGGGAAGGUGAAAAUGAUAAUGGCAACAAAUAGACCUGAUGUUAUUGACCCCUCAAUUCUCCGACCUGCACGUCUAGACCUGAAAAUUGAAAUUCUUUUGCCAAAUGAGCAGUCGAGAAUGGAAGUUCUUAAAAUACAUGAUGCUGGAAUAGCUAAGCAUGCUGACCUACGGAAUGUAUGUACUGAGGCUGGAAUGUCAGCUAUCCGUGCAGAAAGAGAUUAUGUUAUCCAUGAAGGCUGUCCGGAAGCUCAAUGAGGCUAAGAAGCUUGAAUCUAGUUCUCACUACAAUUCAGAUUUCGGAAAAGACUAGUUGAAAAAAAUGUUUCUUAUUGAGACUUGAUAGAGACCCUAGGGAGAGGUGUAUGAGGAUGUAAAAAACAGUGUCAUAUGGUGAUUAGAACUUAAGCUGAUGCAUCAAUAGAAGAAGACAACUCCCACCAUCCCCUCCAGAAAUAGUGUAGUUUGCACAUACAUGGCUCUUUU